AUGCCCAGAGCAAUCAAAGGUGCUCUCGUUAAAUGCGAUCCAUCAAUUAGAGCACUAAUAUUGAAGAUUGAUGCUGAGAGCCAUGACAUUGUCAUAGAAGAACUUGAUGAUACCCACUUAGUAGUAGAUCAGAACAGGAUACCGUUUGUCAAAGCUGAAUUGGCCCGAAUCUUAGCACAAAAUUCCUAUAAUCCCUUGGAUGAAGACGAAGCAUGA